AAACUCUGCCACAUGACCGAGAAGCAGGAAGCGCCGCUGAUCAUCGUCACAAAGUACACAUCCAGCGCUUCAUCAUCUCCAGACUGAGAGCUGUAGCGGGAUUCGGCGGCCUGGUGGAGAGGUUAAACUGAGAGCAUGUUUUGGAGAGCGCUCUUCGUAACUCUGGUGGUAGCGGCUCUGGGGAUCAGUGCCCAGGGUUCGAAUGGAACAUCAAUUUGUGAUGAUCUUGGCUGUUUGCAGUGCACAAAUAACACUGAAUGUGCCUGGAUGGAUUGUGAUGGCAAAAGUGUCUGUCACAAUGCCAGCCUGAAUGAGAACUGCACCAAAAUCAAUUGCACAGUUGGACCAACUGUAUCUCCCACAACAGAAAACAGCACAACAAUCAACGCCACUACUAUUGCUCCUACAGAUCCUCCACAAACCUCACACCUACCCACAACCAUUACAACUCCGAACAGCACCACAUCAAACACCACCACACCAACAUCAGCCCCCCCUGCUAAGAAGUCUACAUUUGACGCUGCAAGUUUUAUCGGCGGCAUCGUGCUAGUGCUUGGCCUUCAAGCUGUCAUCUUCUUCCUCUACAAAUUCUGCAAAUCUAAGGACCGCAACUACCACACCCUGUAACCUACGCUGCCACUUGGAGGCACCACCUUGCACUACAUAAACACUGAACUCACACAGUCCACAGCUACAAACACAGACACACACUUCUAAUUUCACAACCGGCCUGUAUUCCCUGAUUCAGCCAUGAUAAUGUAUUUGAUGCCUGUGGUUUGAGCUUUAUUUUUCAAUGAGGCUCUCACAAACACACACAUACACACACACACACACACACACACAUACACACAUACAUACAUUUGCUGUAAAUGUGGCCUCUAGAGCAGUGGCAUUGUGGCAUUUCCCUGCAAAUGAAAUUCUUAGAAUUUAAAUAGAUUCUUAUUUGCAACUCUACUCUGCUGUAACCAACCUUUUUGAGCUUUUCAUCAAACUCUUUUGUCAGAGUAGAUCUGCUAAAUAAUGACUUUAAGAUAUUACUCCACAGGCUGAAACAUCUAUUUGUUUGAAUGCCACUGCUCUAGAAAGUGAAGGUUUAAUAACACUAGUUAAUGUUUGCCCAUGGCCUUAGCUGAUUAGCUUAUUCAGAACUGGGAUAUGAUAUUAUGACACACAGUAGUCAAAGUCACACUGGGAUGUUUAUUUUUCUAGUGAUGCUUGUGUCCUGCUGUAUUCAUUCAGCGUUAGCUUUAUGAGAAAGAAGGAAAACUUAAGGAUCCAUCCACCAGAAUCCUGGAAGCCAUAUGUGCAUGUUGAAAAUCAGUGAAGAAUAACUUAAGUUAGUAAGUGAAGGUUUUCUUUUUUUUGUUUGAGACUCUUAAAUCCCUGUUAACAAUCACAUGUCGUUUUUGUUUUUGUUUGUUUUAUUUUAUUCUUUAAUUGUUUUGGUAGAUUAUGGCAGUUGUUUGUUUUGCUGCGACUCCAUUAUUGCCAGAAAAGAAAGCAUGAACUCCCUGCAAUAAAUCAGAGUACCGAGCUCAACCUUUUGCCCUUAACAUCUGUAGAACAGCUGAUUGAGUGCAGUCUAGUACCUGUUUCCAGGAUUAGUCUGUAUAAAUCCACAAGCCAAAUCCAGUACUAAUAAAGAUAAUAGCGUAUUGUAAGCCAGAAAGUGUUGGUGGAGGGCUCUGGAUGGUCGUUUCAUUCUGAAACGGUGUUGGUGUGCCUUUGGGGUUUAUGUUAGUUGUGGCUUGUUCUGCUUGUUCUUGCUUUUUCUCCACUUCUUCCCUCUGAGCCUUAAAAAGUAUGAAUGUCUGAGUGCCGACCACCCGUUGAUGCCAUGCAUGUGUUUUGUGGUGUGCCACCUCCUGCUGGAGCAGGCUUCAUGUUUUGCACGAGUGUGUGCUCAAUAUUCUCAAUGAAGUUGUGUUAAGAUGUAAAGUCUGCCAGCUGGACUGAUUGAUAUAUUAUAAGAGUCUAUUAGCGGAUAAAUAACUAGUUUUAGUAGAUGUACAGUAUGUACAGUCAUUUAAAAUCCUUGGCUCUCCUCAGUUAGCCUUGUGCUUGUUUGCAGUCUCUUUGUCAUUUUUACAGCUGCAUUGCCAUAACUAAGCAAAAGCAUGUGCAUUUCAUAGUCCAUAUGAAAAUUAUAAAGGUACUUAAUUUUACUAAACAAGCUCCUGUUGUGAGGUCUGAAGCCUUCCUCUAGAUGAGAAGAAGGAAGAUUCUGGAAGAGACUUUAUUAGAGUGCAUCCCUUUGCUCAGGUCAAGGGAAGGCAGGGUUCAGUUCCGAGCUCAGCUCCGGACACAGUUCAGAGGCUUUUUAUAUCCUGCUAUUGUCCGGUCCUUGUGCUAAUAGCCUCAGAGAUGUGAGUAAGCUGAGUGCUGAAAAAAGGCUCCAGUAAAAAUAUGACCAGAGCUGUUUAUGUCUACCUAAACAAGAAGGAUUUAUGUAACCCCAGGCUCGUGUCUUAGAGCUGAACUUAUUCAUAUUUAGAAACCCAGAAGGCCACAUAUUUUGGAUAUGUUUGGUUACCAAUUUUAGAACACACACAUGUAUAAUUAUUGAGGCCUGUGAUGAAUUGGAUGUUGACCAUACCAAAUUCCUUGUAUAUGUGGCGGUUCAUAUCCGUUAUUUCUCUGAUUCUCUCCAUUUUUGCUUUUAUCCGGCUUCCACAACGUGUUUGAAGCCGAGGAGAAGAGUGGCCAAAUUGAGAUGGUUUAAGUUUCCAUGUUGAAUCGAAUAGUCUUGAAUAGCUUGCUGCUACUGUUUCGUCUGUUUUGAAAAUUUCUCUUUUAUCAUUCUGUCAGACUAGAAAUGUCAGAAUUGCUUUAUAUUUUUUGAAGGUUUUUGCAUUGACGUGUGCUGAAGCUGUUUGCUGAGGGUUUUUUCGCUGUGCCAUGCUUAUUCCUUGACCCCUUGAUGACCCUGCUCAGACUUAAAUAUUGCUGUCGUUUUUGAUUUUGAUUUAUUUAAGGUCUGUGGUUAAGGCCUGCUACACAUUUCACCAGAACCACUUAAGCCAAUUGUGCAGUCUUUGAAUGAAUUGCUUUUACGCCAAAGUUGUCUAUGCUUGCAUGAUUUGAGGAUUGCUAUUUCGCUCCAUCAGCUUUUUGCCUUGCACUGGGGUUGUUAGUCAUGUGUUAAUGCUAAAGGAAAAAGAAAUUGAGUGCUUGCCUUUUUUGCUUGAAUCAUGCCAAAUGACAAGUAUGUUUCUUUUUUUUUCAUAACUUUUCUGCACAUGAUAGUAGGAGUUAAGUCUGCAUAGUGUCUGGGAUGUAAUUGUUUUUGUUUCUAUUUGCAACAUAGAUACAGAGUGUCAUUAACUCGAGACACACUGUUGCAUGAACAACGUUAGGCAACAUCCAAAGGUCCUGUUGUGUUGGUCCGAGGCUGGAGCCUGUAUUCAGGAAUGUGGAAUGAUGAUGGGAAUAGCCCACAGAGAACAACUUAGGAGUGCCUAACAUAUCUCUCUCUCUCUCGUCUGCUCUUUCUUUUUCUCUCUCUCUCACUUGCUCACUCUUGUGCUCACAUUCUCUCUUUCUGCCCCUCUUUUCUCACUCAGUCUCCCAACUAUUUUUGUCGUUGCUGUAAGAUUUAUCGCCCUUCAUUCCGUUUUGCACCUCUUAAAGAUGAAGUGCCUUAAUUAUGCAGAAGGUUAAAUGAUGAAGAUUCUUGUCUUUAAAUUUGUGGUUCUUUAAAGGGACUUUGCAUGUUCUUGCCUGGGUGAAAAUUGAGUUAAUAUUAAAACAUAUAGAAAUGCUAAGAGCUGAAAUUAGCGGCUAGCUUGCACCACUGUCCAUGCUGUGUUUCACUCUGUUUUUAUUUCUGAUUACUUUUUAGUGUGGUUUGUGUAACAGCCUAUUCAUUCAUUUUCUUUCUCAGUGCCUAGGUUUGUGGAUUUUUUUUGUUUGUUUUUGUUUUUUAAUCUUUCUGUUCUUUAACAGUGUAUGUAUGAGUUAUAGAUGACCUGAGGUUGGUCCAUAUGUGUUAAAGGUUCAAUGAGUGCAUCAUAUUUUGAGAGCAAACUCACAUUGCACAUUGACACCCUGCACCUACACUUGCUAUCGCCUUUGUGUUUCCACAAAGUCUGCCUUAAAAUGUUUUCAGCUCUGUUGAUUGUUUUAUUUCCCUGAAAAUCUUUCAUUUGUUUUCUUUUUCCUUCUUAUUUCUUUAUUUUUGUGCAAUUGCAGUUAGGUUAAAGAUGUUAAAAUCAAUAAUUAAUUAAAAAAGUGAAAAUUAA